AUGGCGGAUGAAGUGAGCUAUUGUGGACCCUGUCUUCGAGAAGAAACCGAAGUCACGGCGGUCGUGCAUUGUUUGGAGUGCUGCGAAAGACUUUGUGAAAAUUGCAUUAAGUUCCAUAAUAGAAUGAAAAGUCUUUCAAGUCAUAAACUGUUUAAUAUAGGCGACGAGGAAACCGGUACUGAUAAACUUGACUUUUUAAAUUCUCUCACAAAAUGUACCGACCACGAAACGGAAGACGUUCGAUAUAUGUGCAAGGACCAUAACCAGCUUUGUUGCAACAAAUGUGCUAUAGUUAAACACAGAAAGUGUGAACAUAUGGUUUGUUUAGGGGAUGAAAUAACCGCACGUGGGACAACAUACCAAGAGACAAAUAACAGACUGGAAAAAAUUCAGCAAGGUGCGGAGAAGUUGAUCAGGUAUGAAAAAGAGCACGAAUCUUCUGUCCAAGCUUCUGUAGACAAUGUUGAAGAGAAGUUGGUGAAGACUAAGAACUUGAUAGAUGUAACGUUUCUAAAACUGAGACAGGCAAUCACAUGUGAAGCUGCAGAGAAGAGCAGAAACAUUAUAAAGCAAAGUAAGGUGGAAAUUGAAGAAAUUGAAACCUUAAAAAGUGAAGUUGACCGCUCCCGCAGGAAUUUAGAUUUUGUAUGCGAAAAUGGGGAAAAUGUUCAUUUAUUUCUCGUUGAAAGAAAGAUGGAGAUGGAACUUAGAAGACACGAAGAAAUGUUGCAAGAGCUUCGACGAGGGUCGAGUGUUAGAAAUAUAAAUAUGGUCGAGGGCAUCACCAAUCAAGAUUUAGCAAAGACAAUAGCAUCAUGUUUUCAUAUCGAAGAAAACGCAACCCAGAGCCGAGAACCAACGUAUGCAGCAAAAAAUACUGAAUUGAAAAACUUGGAACCAGUCUUAGAAUACGAGGAAAAAAUAUGGCUUUCAAAAUGCAAUGCAUGUUCAUGCAUUUGGAUUGACACUUAUCUUGUGGUCGUUUUGCAUGAAAUCAAACAGAUUCAGUUGUUCCUUGUUGAGGAUGAAGCCAUUAGACACAAAACAACGAGGAAAACCUCCUCACAGCCAUGGGCUGUGGCGGAAAUUGACAAUUUAAGAUUUGCCGUAUGUUUUCCAAAUGCCAAAACUAUUGAGAUAAUGAAAGUCAUUGAAGGAUCCAUCAUGACCCUGGAUAUGCUAAAUACAGACAAAGAUAUCUGGGAUAUCGCAUUUGACAAAUCCAGAUCGGAAAUGAUCAGUCUUUCGCGGUCCGGGCAGAUUGAUAUUUACAAAUUGGAUGGCACAAAGUCUAGAAGCUUGUCGCUACCUACAGGGAUGUCGGCCGCCUUGAAAAAUGCUUAUAGCAUUUGUUUCGAUAGUGAACGUGAUGUGUUGUACAUAUCUAGCCAUGCGCUACACAAGUUGCUUGCUAUAAGGUUAAGUGGUUCAAUUGUUUUUGAAUACAGUUCACCUAAAGUGAGAUAUUCUUGGCAUCCAGACUUGGACAGAGAUGGUAACAUUUAUCUGCCAUUUCACAGCUUAGAUGGAGGAAUGGGUGCUGUUCACCAGAUAGAUAGUUCAGGACAGCUCAUACGGGAAAUUAAACUUCCCGGGCACGGACUGUGCGUAUGCUUUGAUAGGACAAAGACAAAGUUUCUUGUAUCUUGUUCUACAAAAGAACUUCUUGUUAUUAGAUCUGCCAGAGGUGGUAAUAAUCAACUUACACGUAAUUGGGAUAUCCAUCAAGGGAUUAAACUGGACAAUAUUAGAACAUUACCUGAGGCAAUUUCAACUGUAAUAUCAACAGAUAGACCAAAGCAUAAGAAAAAAAAGCAACAAAGAAGUGCUUGA